GCUAAUGAUUCUCAUUAUUUUUUACUAUAUUAUUUUGUGCUGUUAUACAAAAUAAUUCCUUGUAAAGGAUAAAGUUUCUGCGAACUUGAUUCAAUAUUCAACGAGUAGUUUAUAUUCAAAUAAAAAAUAAAAAUCAUACAUAUAUUAAAUAAAAACCACAACAACCACAAAAAUGCCAGCUGGACGUGUUGCCGGAAAAGCUGGUUAUUCCACCAACUAUUAUAAUGGACGCUCUUAUGUUGGCAUCAAUGAAGAGAUUAUGUGGGUCAGCAUUGGCAUGGGCAUUACCAUUGCUGUAUUGAUAACCAUAGCCCUGUGUUAUAUAGCACGCGAAAAAUGUCAAAAACGUCAAAGGGAAUACUAUGUGACAGCAUAGCUGGCUACAAUAUCUGUCAAACCAACGUUGGACUUGUCGGCGGUGGCGGCCACAGCAGCAGCAGCAUCAGCCGCAAAAACCACCUCUAUAGCCAAGUCAGCAAUAAGAGCUGAACCGAAAAGAAC